AUGGCUGCGGUCUCUCCGGAAUGGCUCAGCGAGCUCGGCUCCGAGGCUCCCACAGAGGCGCAAUGGGAGCUAAUCGAGCGCGUCUUCUUUGCACCGCGUGGCUUCUUCGCCGAUCAGACCGACGCGAGGGCCGCGGCCGCGUCGUUUCGAGAAUUCUACACGCAGUUCAUUCAUCGCCGCGCGAAUCAGAGGCGGGCCAAGGCACCGGAGCACGGCGGCGGCGGCGGCGGCGGCGGCGGCGUGCCGGCCGAGCGAUGCAGCCUGAACCUCCCGCGCAGCUACGAUCCGCAGUACAAACUAAACUUUUCGAUCCUCGACCCUGCGGGCUCGGCCAGCGACCCUCACGGCCUCGACCGACCCGAGGUUUCCGCCGCCGCUGCUCGCGUCGGCCUCCGCCGCGAGAGGCUCAAGGCUGUGCGGCUGCUCUUUCACAUGCACGAGGACUUUGCGCAGAAGAAGAGCCUCGCCGCCCUCCGCAAGAGCGCCGCCGACCGCGCGGCUCUCCCGGGCGUGCGCAAGGUCGUCCUCGCAACAAACGUCGCCGAGACCAGCGUCACCAUCGACGGCAUCCGCUUCGUCGUCGACUCCGGCGCCGUCAAGGAGAUGAGCUUUGACCCGCACUCGAGGCUCGAGGCGCUGCUGCCGUGCUGGGUCUCGCGCGCGUCCGCCGAGCAGCGCAAGGGCCGCGCGGGACGCACCGGCCCAGGCACGUGCUUCCGCCUCUACGCGCAGGCGGAGCUCCUCUCCCUGCGCGAGCAAUCACACUCACACUCACCAUCACCAUCACCAUCACCCUCAAACCCUCACCCUCACCCUCAAACCCUCACCCUCACCUCACCCUCACCAUAA